AGCCUAAACCAAAACAGAAGAGGGGGGAAGUCGCAGGAUUAUACCAUCUCUAAAGACACAUUUGGGGCAUGGAGAGCUCUGUAGGUCAGCGCUAAAAUUAGAAGCUUUUCCUUCCGCGACAGCAGCCAAACUGCGGUGCAUAAAGUCAUGUAAACCGGGGGAUACUCUAUCACAAGGGCUGGCAGCAAACACAUGUUUCCAUGGGUGACAUUUAACGCUGGGACUAGAGAGGCUCCGUGCGUAACAGGAACAGCACUGGAUCUACUGCUGCGCAAAUAAUGAGCAUUUGGUAGUGAUUUUUUAUUUUUUGGAGACGCCAUAUGUACACAGCUUCCAUGAGUGUCUGCAGAAAUGUCUUUUUUAUCCAUACCAAGUCAGGAGGGCCUUUUCACCACCAUUAAAAUCAACAAAUCCGCCGUGAACGCAGAGAGAAACUGCAUGGACGACGAUGACGAUGAUGAAGACGAUGACAGCGAAAACAUGCGCCUCAUCCCCAGAUGCUCCCCGGUGCCCAGGAAGAGAGGCCACUCCAUUUACGAUGAAACCGCAGAGUAUUUACGCAUCCAAUUGGCGCUGUCCGUGCGCAAGAAGGUGCAAUUCGCCGACACAACAGGUGGGGAUCUGGUGGAUGUGAAGGAAUUUGUUGCCUUUGACUCGGACAGUGAAGAGGAGAGCGCACGGUGGGAGGAAGAGGAGGCAAAGUAUAGGAAGCCGGAGAGGGAGCCCACUUAUCAUGUGCACCCAGAGUUCAGUGCGCCCAGCGGGGGGUCCCUGCUGCAGGCUGUGCACGCGAGCAAAGUGGAAGUGGAGCAGAUUUCCCCCGCAGAGGAUGAGCCUCUUGCUCUCAGAGGGCUGAUCAGAGUCCUGAACGUGUCCUUCCACAAAGCAGUGUACAUCAGAUCCACCAUGGACAGCUGGGCGUCCUACUUUGACCACCCUGCAGAGUACGUGCAGGGCUCUAAUGAUGGGAACACUGACCAGUUCUCCUUCAAGCUGUCCUUUGCACCUCCUUACAUCACUCACGGCUCUCGCAUUGAGUUUGUCGUGCGCUACGAGACGUCUGAUGGAGACUACUGGGCCAAUAACUCCCAGAUGAACUAUGUGGUGAAUCUGCUCCUGUCCUAUGAAGAGGAGUUGGCUCAGAAACACACCGACAUGCAGCAGUCAAGAGGUAUCCUCAAACCUCCAAAAGCCUACAGUAUGGAGGAUCCCUUCGAUUCAGAGGAGGAGCAGGAUAAAGACGAAGAAGAAGCAGGGUCCUCCAGGUCAGCUCUGAACAGACCCCCACCUCUCUGCCCGGUCAUCAUACAGCCCGAGAUCGACAUCGAGAUUGCGGUUCACCCAUCUGCUCCCGGUGUCCCACCCACCCAAGAGCUUCCAUCUGCUGAUGGCUCACUGUCCGCUAUCACUGUAUCCCCAGGUGAACUAUUCCCGUGUAUGUCUUCCGAAACCACACUUCAAACUAAUUCAUCCUUUAUACUCCAGCCAAAUAAGUCACAGCCUUUACCCAGACUCCACUGUGAAUUAGAAUUAGGCAACCAAACGUCAGAGCAGCCAAUAGACGGAGGUCCCUGCGCACUACUGCCUGAUUCAAAUCCCUCUGCGAAACAAGAGUCAAGUCCGAGAUCACACAGCUCCCAGGCUUCCUCUCCCUCUGAGGCCUCAUGCGUGGAGAUGAAUCUGUGGGAAGCACCAGGAGAGGACGAGUCAACCAACAGCCGUCCUUGUCUUGAACUGCCUCCAGAAUGUGUCUCAGCUCCCAGUGCGACCCAGCAGGAGGUUGCAGUGGGAAUUAGUGAACUUUCUGCAGGGGGUUACACCAGAUCUGCAGAACAUCACAAAGGCAGUAUGACCGAAAUCGUGUCUCCUGAGGCAGAAAGUGACGAAUCUCUGAGAGAAGCAGACGGUGAGGAUCCACCAUCGCCUGAACUCUCAGAGGCUUUUCAGUCGACCUGGGAAGAGAUGGAAGAUGCUCCCGAGACUUCCCCUGACGCAUUACUAGAGAAUCCACCAAACACAGAGGUUCCCAAACUUCAUACUGAGCAUGACGCUAACAUAAAUCUGAUGCCGUCCGUCAUCUUUCUGAGUGGAGUUGUCUCGCUCUCCAUAGUGUUGCAGGAACCCACCGCCCUGUUCAUCAUCGGGCUGCUUCUGGUCCUGUAUCAGUUUUAAUUAUGCCCCCAAAGUUCGUUCUCACGUUAAAGUGCCUUUUCGUGAUUCCACAAAAGCCAAUAAGUAAAAAGAAAUCACACAUAAGUCUGUCGUUGAAGUUGUUGUGUAUCAUUGUGUGAGUGUUUCUUCAGUGUUUCCAAAGUAUAAUACAAGGAGGAAGUAUUUACACAAAUAUCGGUCAUACUUUUGGUGAUAUUUCCGUGAAACAAGUGGUAAGUAAUCGAAUAGAAAUCAAUUAUAACCCCAUUUCUGCAACACUAAGGGCGCGUUCACACCUUUAUACAGUCUGUUUCACUCCUAAAGGUCGGUACAAAAGGAAAUCUCAAAAAGCCAGAAAAUGUAAACAAGUCUUGAUAGAAAUGUUGUUCAAUUAUUGGUUAUAAAGUUGGCUCCUCGUCGCGUAUGAGGUUCUCUCCUUUUUGUCGAUUUAGCAAUAAAUUGUAAAAUAUUACUAAUUUAGCGGCUGGCUAGUUAGCUAGCUAAACAGCUCAUUCUACCUUGCUCUAAUGCAACACUUGAAACUUGAACAAGUAUCCUAACAAAGUGGCUUCACAAUUGGCUAUGGCAUGGUGCUUUGCUGUGCUGUGAAAAGUUUGUCGAUGAAGUAUUAAGUUGUUAAAUGUUGGCGCUUUAAUUACUUAGCGGAUGGCUAGUUAGUUAGCUAGCUUUCUAUUUCAAAAAUGUCUGGUUACAGACAAUAAGCCAGAUGAGAGGCAAAUGAUGUGCAACGAAAGAGUGUGAAUUAAUAAUGAAGUUGUUAAACUUUACUCAUUCAGCAACUGGCUAGUUAGCUAGCUCGGCCGCUAAUUCCCCCAUGCUUUAAUGCUACACUGGUUAGCCUACAGAAUAUAAGCGGAACAGCGGCUAGGAGACUUCCCUGAACGCGCCCUAACACUAAAGCACAUUAUAUUACCUAGGUGUUUUGUAAUGUGUCUGUAGUUAAUGUAGCGUUAUAUAUGGAUUCAUUCAUCUGUCCUGUAAUGCACUUGUUUCUUCUUCUUUGUUGUUGUUAGCGUAGCUUAGGUUGUUGUCUAACCCGACUGCCAUGAUAACUUUUGUGAAUUCCAUGUGUUGUUUUGUUUUUAAUGAAGGACAACAAAUCUCACUGCAGUGGGAAGCUGAAGACAUUUGUUUUACAAAAUGUUAUUUUGUUUACAAAUUCAAAAAAUCUGGUUAUGUGAAUUAUGUUUUGCCUUAAUGCCUAAAUCAAACUGACCUGCAGUGAACAUCUGUUUGAAAUGAAUGCUGCCAGAGGGACAAUGUGGAAUCUUGUUUCGUGUCACAUGUGAAAGUGAUAUUUUUGUAUCAUUAGUAAACGAUCACAAAUGCACAUUUUGUUUGAUGAGUCUUCCUCUUGGAUCGAGCAAGUAGGGGUGGGAAUCCCAAGAAAAGCAAAAACACAAUAUUAUCACAAUACUAAAAGAUAUAUAUGAGUAUUGUGAUAACAAAUCAGAUCAGUAGAUUGCGAUGUAUUACCUUUUUCAACUGCACAUUUUUGCAGUUUGUCAUAAUCUGAGAUUGAUUUUUGCACAUUUUAGAUUCUUACUCGCCGAAGUCUCCAUCUUUGUUUUGACUCAUUUCAAGCCAAUACCGUGAAAACACUUUACGCACUUUCUAGUGGACUUUAAAAAAGCAAUUGUUACCAAACUAUUCUAUUUUCUAUAUUAAUUAUUUAUAUAGCAACAGACUAGUACAUGGCGACCAUGUUUAAAAAUCACAUAGCGAUACUAUGCUGUAUCUUAUCUUCCCACCUACUUGCUAUCUAUCCCAUAUUGUUGUUGUUGUUGUUGUUACAGAAAUAUAUUGAAAUAUUACAGCACUACUUUGACAACCUCACAGUCUGAGGCACUGAAUGACGUUUGAAGUGAUGAAAGUUUUUGCAGAGUAUUGCCAUUAAACGUGGUUCUAUAUCCUG